AUGCCCGCGGCCACCCCCGAGCACGAGAGAAUCCAGCAGCUAAUCAAGGAUGCCCCUCCAUGGUACAAGUCGCCCAACCUGGUCAAGCUGUACCUCCUCCUCAUUGCUCCCCUCCUGACCUCAACGGCCUGGGGGUUCGACAAUAGCAUGACGAACGGCCUCCAAUCCAUCAACGCCUUCAUGGAUACCUUCGGCCACCCAACCGGCUCCCGACUCGGCUUCUUCGGUGCCUCCAUGUCGGUGGGCGGAAUCGCCGCAUGUCUUGUUGCGGGCCCUUUAGUGGAUCGAUUUGGCCGCCGGCUCAUGUGCUCUGUCGGCGCUGCCCUUGUUGCCGGCAUGGCAAUUAUGGAGACAUUCUCGACCAGCUUCGCCAUGUUCACUGGAGGCAAAGUCAUACUGGGGUUUGGAGCGUUCCUGCAGCAGGUCGCUGCCCCCGUGCUGAUUACCGAGCUGGCGCAUCCUAAGCAGCGAGUCACCAUUACUUCCCUGUACAACACCAGCAUCUUCAUCGGGCUUAUCAUCGGGAGCUGGAUCACCUUUGCCACGUAUAGGAUGGAGUCCCAGUGGUCGUGGAAGCUGCCGUGUCUCCUGCAAGUCGCGAUCCCCGCGUACCAAACCGUCAUGAUCUGGUUUGUCCCGGAAAGUCCGCGGUGGCUUGUUUCGAAGGGUCGCACGGACGAGGCCAGACAGAUCUUGAUCAGGUAUCACGGCAACGGCGUUGAAGAUGACAUCGUUGCGUUUGAGCUGCAGGAGAUCAUCGCCGGCGUGGAGGCGGACAAGACAGUCAUGAAAUUCAGCUGGGAGGCUGUGAGAACCACACUCGGCUCCAAGGGCAACCGAUACCGUCUCUGGCUUUGUCUCUGGACCGCAGUCGGAUCUCAGACUGUCGGUGGCGGGUUCACCGCGAGCUAUCUCCCUCUGAUCCUCGACCAGAUUGGCAUGACCUCCGAGAAGGACAAGACGCUGAUCAACGCCUGCAUCAACAUUUUCAACUGGGUGUGUGCGUUCAUCGCGGCGUUUGUUAUCCCGCGUGUAGGCCGGCGUUCGAUCUUCCUCUUCUCCACGCUCGGAACCAACAUUACGUUCCUGAUCUGGACGGUUCUCUCGGAACGGUAUAUCGCAACAAACAAAGUUGGGCUGGGAGUUGGUGUCCUUGUCAUGAUCUUUGCCGGCAGCUUCUUUGUCGUCCUAUGCUGGGUACCGCUGGUGAUUGCGUAUCCGCUUGAGACUGUGACAACGAAGCAGCGUGGUGUGUACUUCGCCAUUACCAUGUUCACCAUCAAUGUCACGGCCUUUUUCACCACCUAUGUUACACCCAUCGGACUCGAGAACAUUGGCUGGCGGUAUUACCUUCCAACUUGUGUUUGGAACGUGAUCCUCCUCCUCGUCAUCUACUUUACGUUUGUGGAAACUACUGGCAUGACCUUGGAGGAGAUCGCGGUACUCUUCGAUGAUCAAGAUGACAUUUUCAAUGCAGCUGUUGCUGCCGGCAAGGAACUCGAGGAGAAAAGGGACAAUCACUCCUACCACGUAGAGGACUCCGUGACUGAGACAGAAAAGCGCGUUGAGGCGUAG